UAAAAUAUUAGUUGUGGCGCUGCAUUGAACUCUGGAUUAUUGAACUGCAGUUUGUGAAUCUGUCCUGCAUUUUGAUUGUUUUGUGAAAUAUUCUUGAAUUGAUAAAAAACAAAACCCUAUCUGGAAGUGAUGUCAGAACGAUCGAUAGAAUGAAUGCAAAAAUACAAACAACUUUCAUUUUAAAUGCAACAGCAUAGUCUAGAAUUAUCAUUCGAGUUUGCAACAGCGACCGAUACUCCUAUAGGAAAUAUUCCUGUCAAACCUAAAAUGACUAUCCUGCUGGCGAUAUCAAUUGCCGUACUUGCAGUAGCAAUACCCAGUAAAGUGGAAAGUAAAUCAUGCAUCGCGCCACGAGCACAUAUAGAUAUCGACUGGACCAAGGUUCAGGACAUGCUCCCGCUUUACGACGUUAUUGAUGUUCCAUCUCCAAUAUAUCCCAUGGGAUGUUGGAAGUUUAUUAACUUUACUGAAACCGAAAAUACUAUUACGGCGACAAUUGAAAACUACGUGGCGGCAAAAUCAUACAUCAACAAAAUUUAUUACGUGAGACAAGAACAAACGGGAAAAUAUCUAUUAAAUUCAAAGGACGAAUCAUUUUUCACUCAAAUAUUCACGGAAUAUGAAGAAGGAAAACAUGUUCAGAACCCUGAUGAAGAGAUAAAAAAAGGUGUGCUGGAUCACAUGUCAGCAGGAGUCAGCUUUCUCACUGAUUAUGAGAACUUUUUCAUAUUAGUCUAUCGUCGUGAAUCAGAUUGGAGCGCUUUUGUGAAAGCGAAAACCCCUCAAAUCAAUGUUGAUCAACUUCAGUUGAUUUCUGAAGCAUUGAUUGAAAAUGGUCUUCAAUCUCCUGUCAUGACAUUGAAGAAUGAAUGUGCAAUCCCAUACGUUGAAGGAAAAAAUCAGGCCACCGUUGUUGUUGCUUAAAUAAAAUAUCGAGGAAAACAAAUAUUUAUUCAGAUAUAAAAUUAUUUUACUAGUUGGUGUAUCGUAUAACUCAUAACAGUAUUAUGAAUUACAAACUUGAAUGUUGCCUACCACCACCAUCACGAAAAAAGUAUUGAAAUGGUAACAACUUCGCUAGAUUAACAAUAAUUGAAUUACACAAUAACUAUUAAAUCUUCAUAACGUUAACCAUUUUAUUCUGAAAAAAAAAAUAGUAAAACAAAUUCAUUAGAUGCAAAGUAACAAAAUGCCCUUCACUAUAUAUACCGCCAGUAUCACAGCGUCAAAAAAAAAUGAAUUAUGUUCUUAAAAUUAGAAAAUAUAUGUAUUUUAUUCGUUUAUAUACAGAAUAAAACGUAUAACGGAUAAUAUUUUUGUGAAACUGUGUUAUUUUAAGUUAAAGUUGAGCAUCGACGACAGAUUUUAACAAAGUCUCAUUUGCGGAAUGC